AUGCCCAGCCUCAGAGCUCGCCCUGAAGAGGCAGAAAUGGAGCCCUCAGUUCCAGGACCAUCCCCUUGGACCCCUGGAACCCAGGCCUGUGUGAGUGAUGCUCCCGCCAUGACCCACCCUGGAUCUGCCCUUCAGCAUCAGCAGCCAGGUUGGGCCCCUGGGACUGAGGGCAAGGAGUUUCUUCAGAAGGAAGAGCUUUCUGAGGAUUUGGAAUCACAGGCAGGAAAAUCAGAAAACUAUGCCAGUGAUGACUCCCGGGCACCUGAGGUUGGAGAGCUCUGUGAUGAUGUAUCAGAAAGAGACUGGGGGUUCCUCUACGGGGAGGGCCACUCCGCCCCGGAGCAGGUGCCCCUGAAGGGCCACAUGGGAGAGAAAGAGGUGGAUUGUGAUGACCCGGAGAGAAGCUGCAGUCUGAGCCCAAACCCAGGGGCACAGCAGGGAGUGACUUUGAAUGAGGGGACACGUCUGGACGGUGCACGUAGCCACCAGAGCUCCCAGCACAGCCUGGACCCAACCAUCUCCGAGGGGGUUCACACAGCCGAAGGCCAGUUCAUAUGCAGCGAGUGUGGGAAGACCUUCCGAGGAAGCCACGGUCUUACUCAGCAUCAGAUAACGCACACUGGGCAGAAGUCCUUCAUCUGUAGCGAGUGUGGAAAGCCCUUUGGCAUGCACUCGGAACUCCUCCAGCACCGGCUUAGCCACCACGGAGAGAGGCCUCACGUAUGCACCGAAUGUGGAAAGGCCUUCGGCCAGAGCUCCAGCCUUAAAAAGCACCUCAAGUCCCAUAUGAGUGAGAAGCCCUAUGAGUGUAGUGAGUGCGGGAAGGCCUUUAGGCGGAGCUCAAACCUCAUCCAGCAUCAAAGAAUUCAUUCUGGGGAGAAGCCGUAUGUGUGCAAUGAAUGUGGGAAGGCCUUUAGGCGGAGCUCAAACCUCAUUAAACACCACAGGAUCCACACCGGGGAGAAGCCUUUCGAGUGCAGUGAGUGCAGGAAGGCCUUCAGCCAGAGCUCACACCUGAGGAAGCACCAGAGGGUUCACACUGGAGAGAGGCCUUAUGAGUGUAGUGAGUGCGGCAAACCGUUCAGCCGGGUCUCCAACCUCAUUAAGCAUCACAGGGUUCACACUGGGGAGAAGCCCUACAAGUGCAGUGACUGUGGGAAGGCCUUCAGCCAGAGCUCCAGCCUCAUUCAGCAUCGCAGGAUCCACACUGGAGAGAAGCCUCACGUGUGUGGUGUGUGCGGGAAGGCCUUUGGUUACAGCUCGGUGCUCAGGAAACACCAGAUCAUCCACACAGGAGAGAAGCCUUACGCCUGCAGCGUGUGCGGGAAGGCCUUCAGCCACAGCUCGGCCCUCAUCCAGCACCAGGGUGUACACACGGGCGACAAGCCCUAUGAGUGUCACGAAUGCGGGAAGACAUUCGGGCGCAGCUCCAACCUCAUCCUCCACCAGCGGGUUCACACCGGGGAGAAACCCUAUGAAUGCGCAGAGUGCGGGAAGACCUUCAGCCAGAGCUCCACUCUCAUUCAGCACCAGCGGGUCCACAACGGAUUGAAGCCCCACGAGUGUAGCCAGUGCGGUAAGGCCUUCAACCGCAGCUCAAACCUCAUCCACCACCAGAAGGUCCACACCGGGGAGAAGCCCUACACGUGCGUGGAGUGUGGGAAGGGCUUCAGCCAGAGCUCGCACCUCAUUCAGCAUCAGAUCAUCCACACUGGCGAGAGGCCCUACAAGUGCAGUGAGUGCGGGAAGGCCUUCAGCCAGCGUUCGGUCCUCAUCCAGCACCAAAGGAUCCACACGGGGGUGAAGCCCUAUGACUGUGCCGCCUGCGGGAAGGCCUUCAGCCAGCGCUCCAAGCUGCUCAAGCACCAGCUGGUCCACGGCAGGGAGUGAAGCCCCCCACCCCCCGCCCCCAGAGCUGACCGGCACACCCACACCUCCACCCUCACAGCCACUGUCCCACUGUCCCCAGAGCUGGGCCUGCUAUGAGACCUCUUCAUGGGCUUCCUGCCCGAGCUCCCCCUCCUGUGACCUUGUGUCCUUUUUGUUUUGUUAUCAGACUGCCACGUGUUGGGAGGGAGGAGAUUAUAGGGCUGCACUCUCAAACACAACCAAAAAAGUGCACCAACGUUUGGUUCCAGAUAACUACGGUAAUUCUUUUGUUCGAUAACUAGUCAUAAGGAGCAAGUUCUUCGUCAGUGGCUAUAGUUGGUAUUCUGUCCACAUAAAAUCAGAUCAAGAGUU